AUGGCUUCUUCAAUAGUCACCUCAAGCUUGAAGCCCUUAGCCAUGGCGGAUUCCUCCUCUUCCACCAUUUUCUCUCAUCCUUCAAUCUCCACUAUCUGUUCCUCCCGAACUCGCUCCUCCAAUUUCGCCCUCCUUUCCGGACGCACGAAUCUCCCGCUCUCUUUCUCCCGCUUCUCCCUCUCUCUCAAAACCAAAACCCACCUUAAAAAGUCUCCCUUUGUUUCAUUCGCUGCCGAGACUUCGGGUUGGACUGAUGAAGAAGGUGGGGAAGAAAGCGUCGGUGGCGCCUCUGUCGCCGUCGAGGAAAACGAGCCAGAAGUUGAGGAAAACGAGCCAGAAGCUGAGGAAAACGAGCCAAUAGUUGAUGAAAAUGAGCCAAUAGUUGAUGAAAAUGAGCCAGAGGUUGAGGAAAGCGAGCCAGAAGUUGAUGGGGAAGGAGAUGUGAGCGAAGGAGGCGACUUCCCGGAGCCACCGGAAGAAGCGAAGCUCUUCGUCGGAAAUUUGUCUUACGACGUCGACAGCCAAGCCUUGGCUAUGCUCUUUGAGCAAGCCGGUACAGUUGAAAUCGCAGAGGUGAUAUACAACAGGGAAACCGACCAGAGUCGUGGGUUUGGAUUUGUGACGAUGAGUACGGUGGAAGAAGCUGAGACUGCUGUCGAGAAGUUUAACCGUUAUGAUUUGAACGGACGGCUUCUGACGGUAAACAAGGCAGCACCGAGAGGAUCACGGCCAGAACGAACACCUCGGGUGUACGAGCCUGCAUUCAGAGUCUAUGUGGGGAAUCUACCAUGGGAUGUGGACAACAGCCGUCUCGAGCAAGUUUUCAGUGAGCACGGCAAAGUUGUGGAAGCUAGGGUGGUUUACGACCGUGAGACUGGUCGUUCACGUGGGUUCGGGUUUGUCACAAUGUCUGACGAGAUUGAACUCAAUGAUGCCAUCGCUGCUCUUGAUGGACAGAACCUGGAGGGUAGAGCAAUCAGAGUGAAUGUAGCGGAGGAGCGUCCUAGGCGUGGAUAUUAA